AUGAAGCGCGAUCUUUCAGGACCUGACGAGUCACGACUAGUCAGUGGGAAAAGUCACAUGUUAGCCCGGACGUGCCUGGGCCACGGUCCCCCACCGGCGCCCCCUCUUAAGACUUGGGGACUUGAGCGGUUCUGGGCACACGAGGCUAGAACCAUCGGUGGCCGCUGCUUGUGGUGUCACUGCCACAUAAUCUUCGGGAAGGCUUUCCUCAAGAGAGUCAAGAGAGACGGAGCCACUCUCCAAGGCGAAGGACUUCCUGAUCUUGCCGAAGUACACUGGAUUGACAGUUCCAUUUUACUUGAAUCAGAGUUUGGAAAGAUUCAUUAUUUGGAUGACAGCUCCCGGAAUUCUUCAGCCAGUGAUGAUGCUGGUAAUGUGAUUGGGGGAGCUGAACUAAAGCUACAACUGCCACCUGUGAUUUUGAAUCGGAAUGGGACAGCGUCUUUGGCCCUACUUGAAGGCAGUAGUUUUGUCUCUAAAGAAUUGUGUCUAGUCUUGGCAAUGAAUCACUGGAAGAAUACCUUGACUGGUGAAGAAUCAGGUAGCACUGUUUCUCAGACUCUGGGCAUCUUUGAAAUUGUUCAGGAAAUCCUAGUUGGGAUUACCACUGGAUCUAACUAUUUUGCUAGAGAAGAACAGCCAGAGGUUCAAGAGAAACAACUGGGGAAAUGCCACUGCUGUGCUACAGCUGGAAAAAGUUGCACCACUUUACCUAAAGAGAAGGCAAACCUUUGCAGCAAAUUUACAGAAGACUCUAACCUGCAAUGAUGAACUUAACUCCAUUUCAAGUAGCUCAGCUACAGAGGAAAUAACAGGAAGAACAUGGUAGUUCAUGUUAAUCAGGUCAACUUUUAGGGUAGAAGGGCACACCAGACAAAAGGCCUGCGGACAUGUGGAAUGAACUAGCCUACAGAUGUAUGGACUGUGGAAUGGAUUACUGAUGUGUGGAAUGGCUUGCCUAUGGAAUGGCAUUGAGGAAAUAGUAGGAACACACACAGAGAGGAUUUUAAUCAGGUCAGGAGCUGACAGUGUGAGGUCUGAACUGUAUCUGCAUGAUGAACUUUAACUCCACAUCUCUCAAUAAUUUUAUUUUCCAGAGUUGACCUUCUGUCUUUAUCAGCUUGCUUUCCAUUUUUGGAUCAGCAGCUAGGGAAGGAUGCUGGGUGGUUGCUGCAAGCUAUGUAAUUAAGGGGCAUCCCCUUUGACACAGGUUGGAUGUCUUAAAUUGGCCUGUUACAUUGACAUACUGGGUGGGCAGCUAUAUUCUUCAUGUUCGCUGCUGUCUUGGCAGCCUUAAUCUGAUAUAGUUGAAAUAGUUGUAUAUUGAUUCAAAAGCCCUACUUGGCACGAAAGAAAGCAUUUGAGUCAUAGGUAUAUUUGUAUACAAGGAGUUCCCUGGCAAUGAAAUCUGCUAGAAUUGGUAAGUGACUUUACAAGCAACCACCAGUGGAGCAUAACAAGCAGGGACCUAUUCUUUCUAGAAUUUGGCAUCAUUUGGUUUCUAUGGAAAAAGAAAACCUGAAGACUUUAUACAAUACAGUCCUUCCCUAUUCAUCGGUUUGUGGCUAAUAAUCCAAAUAUGGGUUAGGGAAUACCUUUGUUGGACCACAAAACUAUAUGCAAGCUUUCUGAAUCCUUCAUCAGACCCUGGGCACUGCAGAGUUUAUGGGGUAAGGGCAAAAGCUAGAAAAGUCCAACAGUCAUCCUGGCUAGGUCUUGACAUCAUGGGAUAUGAAGUUUAAUUACUGUUUCAGCAUGGAGACUGCAGAAUUGAAGAAUCAGACUGAGGACUGAUAGUGGUACGUUUCACCCCAGAGGAUAUAAAAUAAGUAGUUUUUCUCUGGUCACUACAAAGGGCAGCCCAGUCAUUCAGUGUAAUCAAUUGCCCUUUGUCAUGAAAUUUGAACUGAAACUUCAUCUUAGGUAAUGUAGUUGUUGCUGGCACAUGAGUGUGUUACUAUCAGACAUGUCAA